AGUUCUGUGCCCGGUCCCGGCGGCGUCCCAGGAGCUCCGUGCCCGGCUGAAUCUCCGUGCCGUGCAGCAUCCGGAGCCGUGCGCUUCACAUGCCCACAACCGACUGGGGAUCCCGGGUGUCGCACACUGCAGAUAAAAUUGUGAAGUUGCCGCAGAUUCCAGUGGCUGGAGAGAAACGGCUGACCCUAGAAAGUGAAGAUGAGGUUACUAUGGAAACUGCUGGCGUUUCGAUGGUUUGUGUGUCUUGCAGAUGAGCUCACUCUGCAAGGCCCGGUCUUCACGCAGGAACCAGCAAAUCUCAUCUUCCCUCUGGACUCAGAGGACCGAACGCUACGGCUGGUCUGCGAAGUGCAAGGGCAUCCGAAACCUGUAACCCGAUGGAGAGUAAAUGGGACUCUCUUGGAUGAAGCCCAGGAUUACAGGUACAGGGUUCUAGACAGAAGUUUGUCCAUCAAUCCUCCAGAUCGGACCCACGAUGUUGGGACAUUUCAGUGUGAAGCCACCAACUCAAUAGGGACCAUCCUCAGCCGGGAAGCCUCCCUUCAGUUUGCUUACCUGGACUCAUUCCAGACCAUGACGCGCAGUACAGUGUAUGUACGAGAGGGGCAAGGGAUGGUGCUGCUGUGCGGCCCCCCUGCCCACUCUGGAGAACUGGUUUACGCCUGGAUCUUCAAUGAGUACCCUCCGUUUGUGCAACAGGACAACCGUCGGUUUGUGUCGCAGGUGACCGGCAAUCUCUACAUUGCGAAAGUCGAACCGUCUGAUGCCGGAAAUUAUACGUGUGUCGUUACCAACACGGUGACUAACACGCGUGAACUGGGACCAAGUACUCCUCUGACUCUUAGGACGGAUGGUGUGAUGGGAGAAUACGAACCUAAAAUUGAGGUGCAUUUCCCAGAAACGGUAGCAGCCGCAAAAGGGUCUACUGUGAAGCUGGAGUGUUUCGCUCUGGGGAACCCGGUCCCAACAAUCACUUGGAGGAGAGCCGAUGGGAAGCCAAUCUCACGUAAAGUUCGCAGGCAUCGCUCCAGCGGGGUUCUGGAGAUCCCCAAUUUUCAGCAAGAGGAUGCUGGACCGUAUGAGUGCGUUGCUGAGAACACACGUGGGAAGAACAUGGUGCGAGGGCAGCUUACAUAUUUUGCUCCACCUAAUUGGAUUCAGAAAAUCAACGAUGCUCAUAUUGCAAUCGAGGAGAACAUUCUGUGGGAAUGUAAAGCAAGCGGUAGACCAAAACCUUCCUACGUCUGGCUUAAAAAUGGGCAACGUCUGCAGAGCAAAGGACGGCUUCAGAUUGAGCACGGAACCCUCACCAUCUCUUCUGUGAAUAGCUCAGACUCGGGGAUGUAUCAGUGUUUGGCUGAAAAUAAGCAUGGGACCAUUUAUUCCAGCGCUGAGCUCAGGGUUAUAGCCGUUGGUCCUGACUUCUCCAAAGCGUUUGUAAAGAGAGUGACUUUGGGAAAAGUAGGGGGCACCGUCCUGAUUGAGUGCAAACCGAAGGCAUCGCCCAAGCCCACCAUCACCUGGAGAAAGGGCAGGGAGCUGCUGCGAGAAACUUCCAGAGUCUCACUUCUAGAUGAUGGCAGCUUGAAGAUCUCUAACCUAACCAAAGCUGAUGCCGGGAGUUACAGUUGCACCGCCAGCAAUCACUUUGGCACUGCAAGCAGUACUGGAACACUUGUGGUCAAAGAACCCACGCAAGUACUCGUGCCCCCUUCCAGUAUGGACGUCACAGUGGGAGAGAGCAUUGUCUUGCCUUGCCAAGUGUCACAUGACCACUCUCUGGACAUCUCCUUUUCCUGGGUCUUUAAUGGGCAACUCAUUGAUUUCCAAAAAGAUGGAGAACAUUUUGAGCGUGUCGGGGGACAGGACUCGGCGGGCGACUUAAUGAUCAGAAGUAUCCAGCUAAGACAUGCUGGAAAAUACAUCUGCCUGGUCCACACAAGUGUCGACAAGCUCUCUGCAGGAGCGGAUCUCAUCGUGCGAGGUCCUCCUGGACCACCAGAUGCUCUGACUGUCGAGGAGAUCACAGACACCACUGCUCAGCUUUCCUGGAUGCCAGGGGUGGAUAACCACAGCCCGAUCACGCUAUACACAGUGCAGGCGAGGACACCCUUCUCGGUAGGGUGGCAGGCAGUCGGUACAGUGCCCGAGGUGGUGGAUGGACGAUCGUUCACAGCCACGGUUGUUGGUCUCAGCCCAUGGGUAGAAUACGAGUUUCGUGUCAUCGCUGUUAACCAGAUUGGGAUUGGGGAACCCAGCCCACCUUCAGAUAAGAGGAGGACCGAGGAGGCACUCCCGGAGGUAACCCCAGCCAAUGUCAGCGGAGGUGGAGGCAGUAAGGGCGAGCUAAUCAUCACAUGGGAGCCCGUACCUGAAGAGUUUCAGAACGGCGGAGGUUUUGGUUAUGUGGUUGCCUUCCGUCCAUUUGGCACCAUCAGUUGGAUGCAGACAGUCGUGGCAUCAGCAGAUGCCUCGCGUUACAUUUAUAGGAAUGAAAGCCUCCCGUCGUUCUCUCCGUAUGAGGUUAAGGUUGGAGUCUACAACAACAGAGGAGAGGGACCCUUCAGCCCUCUGACCGUGGUGUACUCUGCAGAAGAAGAGCCUAGUCGCGCCCCAGCAGGAGUCUACGCUCGUAGUCUGACCGCAUGGGACAUUGAAGUGUCGUGGAUUGCCGUCCCUGGAAGCCUCAGCAAAGGUCGAAUACAAGGAUAUGAGGUCCGGUACUGGAAGCAAAACGAGAAGGAGCAGAGCGCACGUAAGCUACGCACUUUGGGAAAUCAAACCUCCACCAAACUCAGCCAUCUUCAGGGUCACACGUUGUAUCAUUUGAAUGUUCGUGCCUACAACAGUGCAGGCACUGGCCCGGCCAGCUCCACCAUCGAUGUGACCUCCAGAAAACCACCUCCAAGUCAACCUCCAGGAAACAUCAUCUGGAACUCAUCAAACUCCAAAAUAAUCCUAAAUUGGGACCAAGUGACAGCACAAGAGGAUGAGUCGGAGGUCAAAGGUUACAGAGUUCUCUAUCGGUGGAACAGACAGGGUGGAGCCUCAAUGAUCGAGACCAAUCAGACGUCAGUCGAGCUGUCCUUGCCGUACGACGAGGACUAUAUCAUUGAAAUUCGACCAAUCAGCGAGGGAGGAGAGGGCAGCAGCAGUGAACCCAUCCGUAUUCCUCGUAUAUCCAAUGCGUACGCACAGGGAUCAGGUGCUUCCACGUCCAACGCCUGCACCUUAUCAGCCAUCAGCACCUUAAUGAUCUCCCUCACUGCACGUUCCAGUUUAUGACCUCGAGCCUCUCAGUCUCCCAGAGAAGUCCAAGUUGUUUUUGGAGAACGGACACCAAUUUUGCUCCACGAACGACGGCUCCGUACAGAAUAUCCUGAGAUUUCCCUCAGCUUCUGAGCUUCCUCCUCUCCCUACGGGGAGGAUCUUAUGCACUGACGACAUCUGGAAUAUGAUGUUACCAAAGCAGUUUACAUGCCGUAUAUGCAUAUUUUUUAUUAUUAUAUAUCUAGUGUUUUAUAGAGUUUUUUAAGGUUAACAUGAUGUAGAUAUAUAUACGUUUUUUGCUGUAAAAUGCUGCAGGUGUCUCAUACAACUCUCUUCUGUCCUUCCA